UAAAACUAGGCCAGACUCAGAGCACCGCGCUUUUCAUUGGUUGAUUUCGCCCAGCUCCCUUGCAGCGUCGUGGUGGCGUUACUGGCGUUACGGGUGUGCAGCGUUAUCGAUUCACCAGAACGCCAUUAUCUGUUUACGGGGUCACUUAAGAAAGCUAGAGCGUGUUAAUCCGAAGAUGGAGUUUAUGGCUAACUUGUUUGCGCAGAACAGGAAAGCUGCCCUGUGCUUUGCAGGAGCCAGCGCGGCUUUGCUCGGAUUCGGACUCGGCUACAGAUAUCUGCGUAAGCCGAAGAAGUUUACUCAGGUCGGGGUUGUUUCCCAGCUGCUGCUUCAUCCUAUGAAGUCUGGAAAGGCUGUGCCGGUGGAAGCGGCCGAAUGCCUGCGCAUGGGGCUGAAGUAUGGAGAGCUUGAGGAUCGCCACUGGCUUGUCAUUACAGAUGAUGGUCAUAUGGUGACAGGAAGACAGCAGCCCCGCCUGGUACUAGUGUCAAUGUCCUGUGAGGGUGGUCAGCUCUGUCUUAAUGGUCCUGACAUGGAGGAAUUAAGGGUUCCUCUCCAUCAGCCUUCCAACCCCGUCUACAAGUGCAGAAUCUUUAGUUCAGACACCGAAGGCAGAGACUGUGGGGAUGAAGUGUCUGACUGGCUCACUCGAUAUUUCAAAGGAGAAAAGACCUAUCGCCUGGUGCACUAUGAACCUCACUUGAAGACCAGGAGACCAGCUGAAAAAGAACCCGCCUUUCCUAAGGAUGACAAGGUGGCUUACCCUGAUGCUGCUCCUAUUAUGCUGAUGUCUGAAGCUUCAGUGAAGGACCUAGGGAGUAAACUAGAUCGGGACAUCUCAGUUUUACAGUUCCGCCCCAGCAUUGUGGUCAGUGAUUGUAAGGCUUUCAUUGAGGAUACAUGGGAUAAUAUUCAGAUUGGUCAAGUGGAGAUGAAGCGAGUCAUGGGCUGUGGAAGGUGUAUUUUCACCACUGUUGAUCCUGAAACUGGAGUCAUCUCUAGGAAAGAGCCACUGGACACUCUCAGAACCUAUCGGCUAACUGACCCUGCACAGAAAACUGCACCAAUACUUGGACAGUAUUACACUGUUAAGAAGACAGGAAUCCUCCAUGUUGGCGAUCCUGUCUACAGGAUUAGUUAUUGAGGCUGUACAAGAUGGAUCUAACAAAUGUUCUUUUUCUAAACAAUACUGGGUAUUGUUUAGAAAAAGUCAAAGCACAAAUGUAUUCUGUAUUCUUAUAGUGAGUGAUUAACAGAGUUUUCAAAAAGCAACUUAAUUGUAAAUCUUUGUCUACUUUUGUAAUGAUCUCACAUAAUUGACUAUGUGCCAAUCAGUUUUCUGGAUAUCUGCAGUUCAUUGACAAAGAAAAGCAAAUUUUUCCAAUUCCAGUUCUGCCUCUACUGCACUGAUUUAUUAUUGGUCUGCUGUAACCUGAUUUCAGCUCAAGAAGGACUUGAUCAUUCAGGACGCACUUAGCUGAAAACUGAAAAAAUACUUCUUUAAUAUAUGACAUUUUUAUGCUUUUGAAUUGGCAUUGUGUUUUAAUGGUGCUGAUUGCAGACUGAGAAAGAGAACUGAGAGAAUUGUUUGAUCUGUAGAUGAAUUUCACAGUGCCUCUGUGCUGAAGUGACGGAAAUCAAUGCAUUUUUAAUACGUUAAGCAUAUUAGAACUCACCUAGCAGUCACAUCUGAAGUUUGACCAACAGGGGCCACUAUUAGCAUGCAAGUCACUUGUACGUCAUUUAGCGAAGAAACACGCCAUGAGGAGGAUCUGAUGAAAGCAUAUGCUUGCAGUAAAUUUCAAAAUGAGAGGUUAAAAGGUUAUCAGAGAGUGUUUAUUUACCCAGUAUUGUUUAGAAAAAGAAAAUUUGCACCGUUAAUCUGCUGCUGAUCAGACAUUUUGAACGCUUCUGUGCUGGCCAGCCCAGGAGAGCAAAGAAGAAGAGUGUUUUUAAUCAUGGUUUCUCAUUUCCACUACCAUUCAGAUUAUUAGUUCAGUGUUAGAUUUAGCCACUUUAUUGUAGACCUGUUGAAACCUUUGCUUUUAUCAUGCAAAAAUUCAGUCUUUUCUCUCUUUUUAGGCUGAGGUUUUGGCACAUCUCUACUAAUAAUUUAUAAUUACAAACAGCACUACUUAGGCAAAAAAUUCUACUAAUGAUCAUGAAAAUAUUUCUUGUGUGCUUUGACUGUACUAUCCAGGCUCAGAUGUGUUUUUGUUCAGUGCACUGUGAGUGUUCACAGAACCUAACACAUCAUGACCGGAAUCAUGUGUGAAAGGAAACAUGAAAUGAAGACAGCUGAUUACGGUUAAGUGCCUUUUUAAUAAUGGUGAUGUUACUGUAUUAAUUCACAAUUCCCAUUUUCUUUGGAGAAGCAAAGCACCCUGUAAAAUUCAUGUGCGUUCAUUGAUCAAACGGGCAUGAAGUUAGGCAAAACAUAUUAUAAAAGCCUUUAGAAAAUCAUUAUGUUAAAGGUUUUUAGACAAUCAGCCACUUCUUGACUUUCAUUGUCACUGGACUCUACAUGCUAUAGAUGACAUAGGACUGGAGUACAUUUACAUUUACAGCAUUUAGCAGACACUCUUAUCCAGAGUGACUUACAAGAAGUGUUUUGUCUAUCUAGAGAAAGUAUCUUUGCUAGUUGCCAAUAGGUUAGAGAGAAAAGUACUAGAGUACUGCCAGUACUCCUAUACUGGAAUACUGCCAUAAAAAACAUGCUGAUAGGAAACUUCACACUUUAUAGGUAAACUGCAGACACUAAGUAAAACCAUUGCAAUAGCUGUUUAUGCAUGUUUAUGUCCUCUGUUUAAGUUUAGAACCUGCUUGCUGUGCACUUUCUCAGUUUAAUAAAGUUGUGGUGAAUAAAACUGUU